UCCAGGCCAGUGCGGCAGGCGGACCGCAGGGAGAGGGAAAGAUUUUAGGAAGGACAGUUACAAAAGUUAACGAAAAGGAAAAGACAUGACACGAGACGGCGAUCUCGCCGACCGUUUCCUCGCUAUUGAAUAAGACAUCCCUCGAUCAUGCUUCUCGCGUGAUAGUCUUAUUUACAGAUUUUUUUAAAUCCACCGCAACUUGAGGAUAUAAUGCCGGGAAACGGAUGAGAUCUACGUUACCGCAGUCGCCUGGAAUUGCAUGUUGGAUAUUCCAUCCAGGAGAUGCAGCUGAGAUUGUUUUUCAUACUGUACGUACAGUCGUUACCGUUUAACGCGCGAACAGUGAGGAUUAUUUAACUACAAGGCGGGUCCGUUAUAUUUCACCUCAUAUUUGGCGCAUAGGAUUAGACCAUGGGAAUGUCAUCCAGUCUGAUCUAAAAGUCUGACGCGUGUCUGCCCGUGGGACGUGAUGCAGCCACGCGUGGACGUCAAGAUGGGUGAUGAUGGCGCAGAGAUCAAGGGUGGCAAGAGGACCUUCAUCGUCCCUGCCAUCAAAUCUUUUGAUCACUACGAUUUCACAAGGGCCAAGAUAUCGUGCAGUUUGACGUGGCUCAUUGCCAAAGCCUUUGGGUCUGACUGUGUACCUGUAGAGUUGGAGGAUCCAUUUUACCGGGACCAAUAUGACCAGGAGCAUGUGAAGCCACCUGUUGUAUCUCUGCUGCUGUCUGCAGAGCUGUACUGUCGUGCCGGGAGUCUGAUCCUCAGGAGUGAUACAGCUAAACCUCUGCUGGGUCAUAACGCUGUCAUCCAAGCUUUAGCUCAGAAAGGUCUGUACGUCACUGAUCAGGAGAGACUGGUUACUGAAAGAGACCUCUGCAAGACCCCCAUACAGAUGAGUUCUCAUCUGGCAAUGAUUGACACUUUAAUGAUGGCGUACACAGUUGAAAUGGUCAGCGUAGAGAGAGUCCUGACCUGCAUACAGAAAUUUACUCCUUUCCUUCCUGAGGAAGACUUUCCGUAUGAUUCUGAAGAGGCUGUGAUAACAUGGAUAAACAAGGCAAAUGAACAUCUUCGCCACAUUGUGGACCAAGAAAAAAGAGUUGGAGACACGGUGGAACCCUCUGUAGCUCAAAAGGGCCGGUUAAAGAGAGAGGACUCGAAAGCACUACCUGCUCUUUGUCUUCCCCUGGUGGACAAUCUACUGAAGGACAACACAGAUGGCUGUGCACUGGCUGCCCUGCUUCACUAUUACUGCCCUGAUGCAAUGCCACUGGAAGACAUCUGUGUGAAAGAAGUAAUGUCAUUGGCUGACAGUCUGUACAAUCUUCAGCUGAUCCAAGAAUUCUGCAGAGAAAACUUCAGCAACUGCUGUCACUUCACACUGGAGGAUAUGCUGUAUGCCUCCAGCACCAUUAAGAGUAACUACCUUGUGUUUAUGGCAGAGCUGUUCUGGUGGUGUGAAGUGGUAAAACCGUCUUUUGUUCAGCCACGCUCAGUAAAUACCAAAGUUUCUGACCCGUCACAGACCAAUGAAAUGGCGCCCAUUACCAAACAGAACCUGAUCCACAGACCAGACAGUCCAGAUCAGACCAGGUGUAGGUCACAACCUAAAACCGACAACGCAGGUAAGAGUUUAGCAGUUAUUAGGCGAUCGUCCUCCAUGUCGUAUGUGGAUGGUUCUGCAGGGACAUGGCCAAAAGAGAAACGGUCAUCAGCUCAUGGGAUAUCAUUUGAGAUUCCAUUCGAUGACAACGCAAGUCCGUCUUCGGGUCGUAGACUGGGCCGAUCGGUAAGCCCUGAAGGUUUGGGCUUCAAAGUUCAACACGCUGGCCGAGGGCUACGGAGGAACCUGUCUUUCCAGCCUGUUAAUGGGAACGCAAAUAGUAAAUUAUGCAAGGAAGAUGAUGAGGAGUCCGGUAGACACUUCACAAAACACACUGGGUACACAAAUGGUGUGUUUGCAGAUGACCGGAGCCCUCCAUAUGACCACUUUCCUCAGCCGAGCACCCCUAGUAUAGAAGAAGCCUUGAAGAUAAUCCAUGACUCGGAGCGACCCCACAGCAGUCUUCAGCCCCCAUCUGGUGAAAGCGCCUUUUUCUUGCAUGACCAGGCAUCCCCAAUACCUCCCCCUGACCCGAACCACUCUGAGGACUCCCUCUCCAAAGCUCGGCCGGACGACGUGGACCUAAACUCCGCCUCUACCGACAUGGAUACGGGAAUCCACGUCCGUACGGAGGAUAUUCAAGAUGGGCAGGAUGAAGAUUCAUCCCUGAAGGAUUACUCCGAUAUGGACCAAGACUACGAGGCUCGUUCAUGCCCGCUUCCAGAGACGGCAGGCAGUCCGUGCCCGACCCUUUUGGGAAUGCGAUCUCUGGCCACCAGUAUCGCAUCUUCACUCGGACCCGCUGUGCGUAUGACCAGCUUUGCCGAGCAGAAGUUUCGUAAACUGAACCAUGGGGACGGGCGCAGCAGUGGUAGUGGUGGUAACACACCUGAGGGUGCCGAGAUGAUUACAGGAGCCACAAGCUCACUCAGCCCCGCUCGGUUGACUUCACCCCGUGACCCUUCCCACUUGUUGGUGUCAGAAAUGGUGCAGCUGAAGAUGAAGCUGGAAGAGAAACGCAGGGCUAUCGAAGCACAGAAGAAGAAGGUCGAAGCAGCUUUCACGCGUCACAGGCAGCGAAUGGGUCGGACAGCCUUCCUCAACGUGGUCAGACGCAAAGGAGCCGUGUCCCCACUGGCUAGUGACAGCGAUGGGCAAGAGGAACGACAAAAGCAGACUGGGGAACCACAACCCCCCAAGACACCCUUAAGUUCAGAUGACUUCAAUUCUAGACUUGAAAGGUGCAGACCAGACGGCGCACCUCCAAAAUCCCCUCUGGAGGAAGCGGGAGUCGAGGUGGACCUGACGGAGUACACGCGAUCCAUCGAGCGUCUAAACACGUCUCUGAGCUUCCUGCAAACAGAGAUGCAGCGAUUGGCUCAGCAGCAGGAACACAUCAUGCAGAUGCGUGAUCAGCAAAGCUGGGUGAUCUCUCCGCCAGAUCCGUCGCCACGGAAACAGUUUCGAGAGCUGCGCAGCAGUAGUGUGGUGGGCCGUGGAUCCGUGGGGUCUCUCUCGCCCAACCUUUCAUCCACCGGGUCACCGCGUACCACGCACCGCUCUCCCUCCACCAUCAAGCGGAAGUCCGCCUCUUUCCACGCCAGGACGCCACGAACUCCACGUCCCAACGAUCUGAAAAUCACCCCCAUCAGCCGCAUACUCAACACCCAGCAGUCAGUGGACAGCCUGCCUCGACUUAGACGCUUCUUACCGAGUCAGAUGCAGACCAGCUCCUAUGCAUACCUGGGACACGAUGAGGGACCUUUGAAUGAUGACAACGUGGCUAAAGACAAUUCACACAAGCACGAGUCCAAAGAGAAAUCAGAUGCAAACUCACAAACGCCUGCUAACCAGGAGUCUGGUCAGGUGAACGAGAAGCAGGAUGAGGAAAAACAGGAAAAGGAAGAUGGAGUAAAUGAGAAAGUGAAAUAUGACGAUAAACGCAGGAUGGUAACGUCCACCGACAACACAAAUCAAGCAGAUGGAAAGAAGAAUCUGGUUGAGGUUCCACUCUCUGUGCUAAAGCCUCUGGAUGGACAUGGCCUGGAGAACGGUGGAGAUAUAGAAAUUGGACUAGAAUCCAGAACCGACCAAAAGAUGUGCUGUGGCUUCUUCUACAAGGAUGACCUGAAAGGAGAGGAUGAUAUUGCUCAAAAGAAAGCGGCGCUGAUGGAGAAAAGGCUGCGGAGGGAGAGAGAGAUGCAGAUCAAGAAACAACAACAGGAGGCUGAGACAGAGCAGAAGAAAGAAGCAGCGCGACUAAAGGCAGAAGAGGAACGUCAGAAGAAGGAAGAUGAUAAGGACAGGCGAGAUUACAUAAAAAACGAGUAUAUGAGGAGGAAACAGCUCCAACUGAUGGAUGACAUGGACAGUGUUAUUAAGCCACGCACCCCGAGUGUCAAGCAAAAGAAGCCACGGCCCAAAUCUAUGCACAGAGACAUAAUGGAGUCUCCAAAACCUCCAGUACGGACCGCCACAGGUUCACGACCCCGCGGAUACUCCGUGUCCAGCUUGUCACUCGCUUCCCUCAACUUGGCAGACAAUGAGAGCGUUCAGUCAGAUAAGAGACCAUCAAGAGGCAGCAGACUGUCACCUGGCGGUCUGUGUUUAUUUCUGAGCUCUUCUAAAGGGAAAAAGGGAAGGCCUGACUCUGCAGAGGGAUGCUUGUCACCGUGUCCAUCAGUAAGUGGUAAUGGAGAGAACUGGGAGCUCGAGUCGACGACAUCGUCCGCAGCAUCCAACACAGAAUAUACAGGGCCGAAGCUGUAUAAGGAGCCCAGUGCUAAAUCAAAUAAAUACAUCAUUCAGAACGCAUUGGCUCACUGCUGUCUCGCAGGCCGAGUCAAUGAGGGACAGAAAAACAAGAUCCUGGAGGUAAUGGAGAAAACACAAGCCAACAACUUUCUGAUUCUGUUCCGGGACUCGGGCUGUCAGUUUCGCUGCCUGUACACGUAUUGCCCAGAGGCGGAGGAGAUCAACAAGCUAGCUGGCAUCGGGCCCAAGACCAUCACACCCAAAAUGAUCGAGACUCUCUAUAAAUACAGCUCGGACAAGAAACAGUUCAGCAAAAUACCCGCCAAGACCAUGUCGGCUAGUGUAGAUGCCAUCACCAUCUACGGUCACCUCUGGCAGAUCAAGAAAGCAAACACACCCAAAAAACUUCUCAAAUAAGAAAGAGACCGAUGCAUGGAUGGUUCCCGUCUAGUGGUGCACAACCUGAAUGUAAAGAAAACACUUUUGCAAGCUUUGUUUGAUUUGUUUAUGUGUGGUAACUUCCACAAUACACACACAUAUUAUUUGUUGUGUGUGUAUGUGGACAUGUUGCAACAUUGACCAAUGCUUUACGUCUUUUAACAUUUUAAACUUUUGUGGCCUUAUGCUUGUUUUGUCGCGUCUCUUAUGCUACAGUAUGCUUACAGCGCAGUUAUUGAGUUUAUGAACAGGUCAUUGUAUGAAGAUACACGACCUGCGUCUAUACCGGUAUAAGAGACAUAUUACACUUGAAGACUGACUUCUCUGAAGGUUGUAUUGCAGUAUUGCAUUAAUACUGAAACCUCAAAAACUCACUCUGUGUUAUUUAAUGUCUGAGUCUGUUUAUAUUUUGGGCAGGAUUUGUCAUGCUUGUUGCACAUUUACUUCACGUGUAUGUAAAAUUAGCUAAACGUUGUCCAUGCAAAAUGCCUCUUUCUCCAAAAUGAACAUAUUAACUUUAGAAAUAUUAAAUACAUUCCUAGAUAAAUUGCUAUCACUUGUAGUCUCACAGCCCAGAAUAUUUGGGGACCAUGGGUACCAUGCAUCUUACAAAGAUCAAGUUUAUUUGGCUGACAGAGGAGACAAUGAGUUUUUGAAUAUCAUAUAAUGAAGCUUUUAAUGAGAUAUUACGUGCGUAUUAUUGUUAAAUAGUGUGGUAACUCAUGUUGAAUUAUAAAGUGCAUUUUAAAGAGCUGGGACAUUUUGGCAAGCAGUUAUCUGGAGACAUUUUGUAUUCAGGUGCUAGAGAAUCGAAAGAUAUUUGUUAUUUUUACUAAGUGAAGUGAAUCAUCGUUUGAAUUUAUUGAUGCUGUACAGAUAUAGUUUUUCAUACUAAGCAUAUUUUUUAAGCCAUUGAAUAUUACUGAUAUUUUUCAUAUGAAAAGAUGUUUAACAGGUGCAAGUAUGGGUAAUUCCUAUCAGUGAGAGGUCAAAAGAAAGUGAGAGUUGUUCAUUUCUACAUGCCGUGUACAGUGGCGGCCGGUGACUUCUUUUUUUCGAGGGCGUUCGAUGCGAAGUUUGUCACAACAUGUAUGUAGCCCGUCAUGUGUGUGGUUUGUAAUUUCAAAAUAUGUGUUUUGCGCGUCGAGUGAACCUGUGUGCAUCACGUGUUUUGUCAAAAUAAGUGCAUGCUGCAUGCGUCUAAAGGGUUUAUCAUAAGAGACGCUCACGUUUGCCAGAUCGCAAGAUCUCAUGAGUUUACUGUUAAGUGAGUGUCUUGCAAGUAUUUCGUGAACGUGAGCGUCUCUUUUAUCAUAAACGGUGUGCAGCAGGCACUUAUUUUCACAAAACACGUGAUGCACAUGGUUCACAUGUUGCAACAAACACAUAUUUUGAAAACACAAGCAACACACAUGACACUCCGAACACAUAUGUGAAUUUGCGCCCCUCAGAUGAGCAGUCACGAGCCGCCACUGGCUGUUUAAUCUUUCUCCAGGUCAUGUCUGCUUUGUUUGUUCAUCAUACGCUUUUGUCUG